CCCACCUGGAUUUCAUUUCAUUCGUUCGCUUCGCUCGCUGGCAUCUCUUCUUAUCAAACAAACGACAACACAUAAACACAUAAAACGACACCACUGUUCCCCACAACGCACCUUUCCCCUUUCUCAAUCUUCAUCUUCUUCCUCAGCAACCACAGCUUCAAAAUUCGAUCAGUUUCAUCACUGCUCUGUGAUGCUGUGAUGUCUUCUUCUUCAUCAUCUGCUUCAUCUUCAGCACCACCACCACCACAGAAAUACAGCUCCCUCCCUUCACCCUCAUCCUCCAACUCCACCAACCUUCACUUCCCCCCACGCCCAACCACCACCUCAAACCCCGUCUUCCCCACGCGCCGCCCAUGGGAGGAAGUCUUCGCGCUCUACUCAUUCACGCGCCCCUACUCCCUCGGCGAAGCCAGGUUGCGCGUGAAGCGCAACCUCACCCACUUCCGCGUUAACUACUUCAACAUCGUCCUCUCCGUGAUUGGCAUCAGCCUCCUGUGGCACCCUACAUCGAUCAUCGUCUUCCUGGUCGCGCUUGUCCCCUGGUUCUUCCUCUACUUCUACCGUGACAAGCCGCUGGUGCUGUUCGGCCGCGCCGUUGACGACAGGGCUGUGGAGGUGGCGCUCUCGGUGGUGACGGUUGUGGCGUUGGGACUCACCAGCGUGUGGGUGAAUGUUUUGGUUUCGAUUGUCGUUGGGGUGGUUCUGGUGGGGUUGCACGCUGCGUUUAGGAGCACGGAGGAUUUGUAUGUGGAUGAGCAUGAGGGUUAUGGUGGAGGGUUGCUUUCAUCAUUUGUUGGGGGUACCCCAACCAAGGGUACAGGCAUAGUGCCAUAAUAUAAAUCAUUCAUUUGUGCAAACAUAUAUGCUCAUUUAGUAAGGACAAACCAAUUUUUCAGAAGAAAGUAGUGUGUUGAAUUUCCGUUGCUGAUGUAAGGACUAUGUUGGUGAGCAAUUAUGUAAUUAGUGUAGUUUGAUUUUUAUACACUUUGGCAUUGUAAUAGGUUGCUCAUCCUGGGCAAAUUUUUUUUUCCUUGUCAAUUUAUAGCAUAGCUACAUUUCAGUCUGCCAUCCUCCAGUUUCUGAAUAUUGAUGGUAGGUUAAUUUUUUAAUAUAAGGUUCUCUGAUACUUUGCAUA